CCCUCCGCUACGACGGCGCCGGCCCCUUAACUGGUAUUCCAUCACGUAAUGAUAUUGUGGCAGAAUUUGAUAAUGGGAUGACCGUUAUACUUCAACAAAGCCUAUCUGGCAAGCAACCCAUACAUUUCAUGCCUACUGAAGUUAGUGAUGAUACCUCCGAAUAUGUAAAUGGUAUCUCCUCCUAUAUUUUGCGUAUUACUGGUACUUUGAUUAAUGGACAAAAAGCAGUCGUAAAAAUUACAGGCAUUAAGCCCUUCUUUGAUGUCGAAGUACCUGAAGAGAUGCCACUAUCUACAUUUAAGACCAGAUUAGUAAAUAUAUUAUCCAAUACUCUCAAAGGUACAUCAAAAUUUGGGAUCGAGAAUAUUAGUGCUUUCCCACUUAGAGGGUAUCAUACAGAAAAGAGAGCCUAUAUUCGCAUUACUACUUGGAACCACUUUGAUCGGUAUAAUGCAUUGAAGGCGAUUCGUGGAGUGGAUAAUUUGUGUACCUUACAUCAAAUCAUAGAGGACGUGCUCGAAGAAACUGUAAAGGACAUUUCUCAGACAGAUCUUAAUGAAAUAAUAAAGACUGCUGUGUGGAGGCCCGAUAAAAAUAACAAGAGCGUACAGCGCUUCAUUUCACGAAUGCGGGAUAGACAUACCCGUGAAGAAGCAGACACCAAACGGCUCAUAAAAAAGGGCCUAACACCCAAGCCUUAUCUUUAUGAAAUCCCAGAACCAGGAGAGCGCUUUGAAUAUGUUGUAGUUGAGAAUGAUUUAUCACAAAAGGUAGGUGACAAGAUGGAGUACCCAGAAGUGGCAAGAUGUCUUGGUAAAAAGAUUGAUAUUAGCUAUUAUCUGAAAAGUGUUAUCGGGCUCUGUGCACGUUUUAUAAAUUAUGAUGAUAGUUACCAGCCAUCAUCUGAAACUUUGCUGGAAGCCUUAAAAAAGUUAAAAGAUGGUAAUAAAGCGGGUGACAAUAAAGCGGAUGACGCGCAGAAAUCGGCUGAAAAGUGGGUUAGAGGCUAUAUCAAAAACCUUCAUGAAGGCCCGAAAAAAGAUGAAGCCAUCAUAUCUCAUCUAUGGAAAGGAGCCCGCAUUUACGCAAAAAAAUUAUUCGAUACUACUUAUGCUAAUAAAAUAGAAAAACACUCAGGAUAUAAUGCUUAUUACACUUCCUUUCUCAAUGCGUUAGAUAAGCAAGAGGAAUCUAUCCGCUUAAAACUUUCAUCAUUGCUUAAAGAAAUUUCCGAGGUUGAUAUAGGGUAUAGAGAAAGUAUGUAUAAAUUAGUUACUAAGAAGCGAGCAAUGUCCUUAGAACAAUAUUUAACAUCAUAUUAUUUGGAUGAGUGUAAGCUACUAGCAGAUUUCCGAAACAUAUGGUUCAAAGUGGUUGGCCUAGAAAUCACACGCUACCGAACAUUAUCGAAAUUACAGAAUAGCAAAAAAGAUGAUUCGUCCGAAGCAGAUAUAGACGAGAUCAUUGAAUUAUAUGGAUAA